AUGCUUUACUCGUCGAUGUUGGUAAUAUUUACCCACCUCUGCAUCUCUCACAGCGAGAAGAUUCCGCGCAUCUCUCUCACAGUGAGAAAAUUCUGCGCAUCUCUCACAGGGAGAGAUUCUGCGCAUCUCUCACUCGAGAAGAUUGCCUGCACCUGUCACAGUGAGAACAUUCCCCGCAUCUCUCACGGCAUGAAGAUUCGCAGCAGCUCUCCAAGCGAGAAGAUUCCUCGCAUCUCUCACAGCGAGAAGUUUCUCCGCAUCUCUCACAGUGACAAGAUUCGCAGCACCUCUCACAACGAGAUGAUUCCCUGCAUCUCUCACAGUGAGAAGCUUCCCUGCAUCUCUCUCGGCGAGAAGAUUACCCGCACCUCUCACAGCGAGAAGAUUACCCGCACCUCUCACAGCGAGAAGUCUCCCUGCACCUAUAACAGCGAGAAAAUUCCCUGCACCUCUCACAGCAAGAAGAUUCCCUGCACCUUUCACAGCUAG